AUGGCGACCCCCAAUCCCCCUCUCACAACGACCAACACCGCGUCCACCAUCCGCGGGCCAAACAGCAGCCGACCCAACGCCGACGCAACCACAGGCUCUGGGCCCAAUGAAGCCGCCACGAAACUCGCCGAGGCGAUCGACGACUUCCUGGGCGACCUGGAAAAGAAGUUCAAGGGGAUUAGUGACGAAAUCCUGACCAAGUUGGACGAUAUGGCCGAGCGCUGCGAUCGCCUCGAGCAGGAAAUGCUCAUGAAGGACGCCUUGACCAUAGAGAAGAACUCGGCGGGAUCGACUGCAGGUUCACGUUGA